GCGUAAACACGAUCUCACGGAGACAUGGAGCGCUUCUUCUCGCACCGCCAGGAUGGCGAAGAUUGCAGCAACAUCGAGGUCGACGUGGGCAUGGGCAGCUCCGACAUGAGCCUCCUGCUGCUGCAUGGCCCUUCGCGCUCUGGGAAGAGCUCGCUCGCGCUGCAGUAUGCGUUUGAGCUCGUCAAGCGGGGCGGGACCGACCCCAGCGUCGUGCUUGUGUCCCAUGCCAGCACAAAGGCGAACAACCGUAUGCGUCUUGUGCGCGUCGCGCCGUGCGAGAGCUGCCACACGCCAGCCGAGUCGGGCCAGGACAGCAUCGUCUGGAGCCGCAUUCGCCUCAAGUACCUCGAGAGCGCGGCCCAGCUGCGCCACUUUGUCUGCUCGUUCCACAUGCUCGAGGGCAAGAACACGGCCUUGAUCAUCGACGACCUCGAUCUGUUUUGCACGUCGCCCACGGAGAUCUACCGCACCCUCGCCUUCAUCAAGGAGACCAUCGAGUUUAUGCGUGCGAAAUUUGACGCUGGCCAAGCCCUCGUGCUCGGCAGUUCCUCGCUCCUACCGCGGGACCUCCGACGAACGCUCCGGCGCUGGUUCGAUCUGGUCUUGCAGAUAUCUCCAGGUGACAACGAUGCGUUCGUGAUCCAGGAAGAGAUGUGGCCGAGCACGACGGGCGACGACUGGGCCGAGCUCGUGCCAUUAUUUCCGCGCUCGUACUGUGUCGAGUACACGUUCGUGCCCAACAGCGACGACGCCCAGGGCUACCUUCAGUUUACCCGGGCCAGUCUCCGACGCUAGAGCUACAGUAGUAAUAUCUGUCGUAUGGUUAGGGCAAGAGAAAAUAUGGUCAUGGCAAGUGUCGGCGCCAACGGCGGUGCAUGGUCCAGCCGAUCGCUGCGCCGAUCGCGACGCCCGAGAGCACUUGUGCCCACACCGGGAGGUCCCACUCGAGUGGCGGCGUCAAG